UUUUUCAGAGUGGACAGUGUAUGCUAGUGGUUAUGCCCACGCUUCCGAGCUGUGUCGCCCUGCGCCGCGCAGUACGUUGUAGCCGAGUUGAGUCGCUGCUCCUCCGGCGUCGCGGACUCCAAGCUCUCGCUGUCCUCGGCUUCUACGCCGUGACCUCUCGCUGCUCCACCAGGCGUGCUUGUAAAAAAACUUGACCCCCUUCCUGCCCUGGUGGAUAAGAAAAUCUUGUCAAAACAGACAUUAAAAACACUUUAGUGUGUGGGUGGAUUAAAGCGAGGAGCCUCAGGAGCGGAACCAUGAGUGGACGCGGGGACGAGGCCGGCGAGAGCUCCCAGGAGCCCGCAGGGGCCGCGGAGCCCCAGAAGAGGAGGCCGGGGAGACCCAGGAAGAUCAAAAAGGAGCCCAGUGGAGAGCCUGUCCCCAAGCGCCCAAGGGGACGCCCCAAAGGAAGUAAGAACAAGGGGCCUUCAAAGGCAGCGCAGAAGAAAGCUGAAGCAACCGGGGAGAAAAGACCAAGGGGGCGACCCAGGAAAUGGCCUCGGCAAGUUGUCCAGAAAAAACCUGUAAAGGAUGAAGAAGAAGAAGAGGAGGAGGAAGAAGAAGAAGAGGAAGAGAGUCCCCGGAGGAACAUUAUAGAGGAAGAUUAAGCUUCCACACCGCAAAACCUCUACCUCAUACAGUUGUCAGGUUUUUCAAAGGGAAACGACUACCUUGACCACUUUUGUUUUCAUUUUACUUUUGUUUUAUUUUAGUUCAGGUCCAGUACUUCACUUUGUCACUUGGAUGUUUCUGGUUAGAGCUCACACCAUACAGAUUUAGGCCGUGGAUCAAUUCACACAGUAGCGUACGCACACUUAGUACUAAGUACAGAGUCUACACAGUAUACUUAUGGAAGUGUACCGGCUCAAUUUGCGCACAUACUCUCAGCCUCUUGAGUGCAUAAGCGCGUCGACAGUGAGAAUUAUAGCAAAAUUACACUGAAAGGUAAAAAUAUUGACACUUACCAUCCUCAUUAGUCGCCAUUAUAGCUACUUACUACUGUCAAAAUGUACGCUCUCAGGAUCUACGUACACAGUGCACACUGUAUACUAGCGAAAGAAGUGUUUCAUUUGACACAUGGAGAUACAGUUGAUCUCCUGAAAAAUAUUUGUCAUUCAGAAGUCUUUCAGUCUACAUUUAUGAUGGAGCCACCUAUCAAGAACAGGAAGACACAUAUUUCUUCAGAGCAGUAUUAUGUUAUCAUUUUAUUUUUCAUGAACCAUCACCUGAAGCCCUGAUUGCUAAAGUUGUUUACUUAGGACUAUAGAAAAUGUACAUUUACAAACAAUGCCAUCCUUUAUAGAUUCACAUAAACCGUGAUGAAAAUGGAUGAAUUGUCCACCCAAAAACGCCCCCUUCAUAUUUAUAUAGCUUUAUUCUCCCUUUAAGGAAAACUGCACUUUUUGGAAUUUUGCGCUUCAAUCACAAUCCUUAUGUGAGACAAAAUAAAAAUGUUUUUUCCUUUUCUGUGCAUUAUAGAUAGUGAAAAACUGCUAGCAGAUGUGGUUAACGAUGCAGGUAAUAAGAAUUAUACUUAAUUAUCUUACGAAAACCUCCUAAACUGCUUUAAUUAAAUGUCGUGACCUGCAUAUUAACCAAGAUAUAGCAACAUUGUUAGUGUAAAGGCUAACACAAGCGGACUACUUUUCUGGCGUAGUGACACGCUUUGCUCCCAGCAGCUCGGGCCACUACCAAGUGUUAUGCUAAUGAUAGCUACGAGACCUCUCCUAGAUUAUAAAUCCUGCCUCUCACCUGUAUAGUAGAAGGUUGUGUCAAUAAGCCGAGAAGUGGGUCAAAUUUGAGAUUACACACGUGACCAGUGCAUCCCAGUGAGAUCGGAUAUUGCCGGUGAAGUUAUGUUCGUAUGUUGUUUAGCACUACUGAUAUGUAAUGGUUUAGUGUUUAACUAGGCUGGUUCACCUUAGCACCCAACUUCUAAAACUUUUAGCCCGUCCAUAAAUAUUCUGUCUCAAAAAGAAAAGAUUCUGGAUAAUCUUUUGUCCCAAAGUAGUCGUCAUUGGCGCUCACAUAGUCUCCCAUUGUUAAUGGUAGUUGUUGUUGACGUAAGUAGCGUUUGUUGUUAUGUGCGCUGUAAAGCGGAAUUGACUAAAAUACUGUGAAUAUUACAUGAAAUAUUAAGCAUGUUUGCUUCUACAUGGCAUGUAUAUGAAACUUUCGGAAGGUUUUUUGAGCGAACUUUACAGACGGAAUAAAUAAUUAGUUCGCAUUGUUAGCUGUCUCCUGCUAGCAGUUUUUGACUAAUUAUUGAUGGGCAAAAUAAAUAAAAAAGUUCAGUUUUCUUUUAAUGUCAUUAAAAUUGGUUAAGGAUGCUUAAACUGUUUUAACAUGAUUAAACUUUAAAAAUAUAUAAGAGUAGAUAUAUAUCUAUACACAUAUCUAUACAUACACA